ACGAAUCUCUGCCAUUUCAUUACGACGAAAACACCACGAGCAUUCGGGUGACGCAGUCUCUGGAUCGGGAGACGCGGGAGAGGUAUGAGCUGCUCGCCAAGUGCACCGUGAGAGACGGUUCCAAGGAGACCUCCAAAGAGGUGCCCCUACUAGUAACGGUGUUGGAUGAAGACGACAUGCCCCCGUUCCUUCCCGACGGCACGAACACGGCAGAUGCAGUUGUGGAGUUCCGCAGGAAAGAGGACACUGUCCUAGCAACACUGAUGGUCUAUGAUGCAGACACCACCCCUAUUUUUCCACUUGAGAGUAGCCGAAAGAAAUACACGGGCUCGAUCAGUACGUCAGAUCCAUGGAUAAAAGAAAUGUUUCGAGUGGAGCACAUGUUCAAUGAGAUCUAUUUCAGCCCGAACGGCAGCCAAGUGAGAGGAACUCAACACGAAUACAGGCUGGUGUUAAAUAAACCCAUUUCAAUUACUGAAAACCGCAGCUUCCAGCUGGACGUCGUCGUCAACGACACAGAAUACCAGGGGCUGGACAAGUCCCUGAUACUCCACUUCAACGUCUCCAUUCUUCCCGUCAGUAUCCAGUUUCCAAAUACCACGUACCAGUUCACAGUGAACAGAAAUGCCGCCAACUUUUCGCAAAUUGGAAAAAUCUGCGUCAACAACUGCAUGAGGUUUGCAGGCAUCAAUGUCACAUACAGUCUGCAGGCCCCCAACAUCAGCUGCUACGCCAUGAGGAUUGCCCAGAGGCCUGACGACAAGUACGGGCGCCUCUACGUGAACGAUUCCACUGUGCUCCAGAGACCCGAGUGCAGAGAAGUCCUGUACCCCGUCCUAGGCGUCGACAACCAGAGCAAGAAAGAAGCUCUCACCCAUCUCACAGUUGUCCUGGAUGGAAAAUGGGGAAAACCGCGGGACAAGGGAAUUACUCCAAACUAUUCUACAUGCAGUCCGAGCAUCAUUACCUGUCCAGAUGGUAAAUGUGAUGCAGUUGAGCACCUGGAUCCAAAGAUAUGCCCUCAGGAUUGCACAAAGAACAACAUCGUUGGUGGCCAUGAGAGAGGUCUUACCGGAAUCAAGGCAGGAAAUGGAAUUUGUUACUGCUUCCCAGACGAAAACUGUUACUGUGAGAAAGACGAUAUCAGAGAGCCGUUGUGUGAUGACAUGUGCAAAACGGUGAUCGCGGGGGGCGUCCUGCUGUCCUUCAUCAUCUCAGUUCUCCUUUCUUCCUACUUCAUCCAUCGUUACCACAAAAAUUCUCCCAAGCCACCCAUUGCCUCAGCAGAGAUGACCUUCCGGCGCCCGGCCCAGUCCUACCCUAUAAGUUACUCAUCAACUAAUGUCCGGCGACCAUCAAUGGACUCCGAGAACCAGGGGUCGGUAGAUGCCUUUAAAAUACCUGAGGACCCCAAGUGGGAAUUUCCUCGGAAGAAUCUGGUGCUGGGCAAGACGCUUGGGGAAGGAGAAUUCGGGAAGGUCGUCAAGGCAACUGCGUUCAGACUGAAAGGGAAAGCUGGCUAUACAACAGUGGCUGUGAAAAUGCUCAAAGAAAACGCUUCCCAAAGCGAGCUGAGAGACCUGCUUUCGGAGUUCAAUCUUUUGAAACAGGUCAACCAUCCACAUGUCAUCAAACUGUACGGAGCUUGCAGCCAGGACGGGCCUCUUUAUCUAAUAGUCGAAUAUGCCAAAUACGGCUCCUUACGCAGUUUUCUGAGGGAAAGCCGGAAAGUUGGGCCCAGUUACGUGGGCAGUGACGCCAACAGGAAUUCCAGCUACUUGGAUAAUCCGGAUGAGCGGGCCUUAACGAUGGGGGACCUCAUCUCUUUCGCCUGGCAGAUAUCUCGUGGGAUGCAGUAUCUGGCUGACAUGAAGCUUGUGCAUCGAGAUCUGGCAGCCAGAAACGUGUUGGUGGCAGAGGGGCGUAAGAUGAAAAUUUCUGAUUUUGGUCUGUCGCGUGACGUCUACGAGGAGGACUCCUACGUCAAGCGGAGCAAGGGCCGGAUACCCGUCAAAUGGAUGGCAAUAGAAUCUCUUUUCGAUCAUAUCUAUACAACGCAAAGCGACGUAUGGUCAUUUGGAGUUCUGCUCUGGGAGAUUGUCACCCUGGGUGGUAACCCUUAUCCGGGUAUUGCACCAGAGAGACUGUUUAACCUCUUGAAAACGGGCUAUAGAAUGGAGAAGCCGGAGAACUGCAGCGAAGAAAUGUACAAUCUGAUGCUCCGCUGCUGGAAACAGGAAUCAGAUAAGAGGCCAACAUUUGCUGAGAUCAGUAAAGAAUUAGAGAAAAUGAUGGUGAAGAGUAGGGACUAUUUAGAUCUUGCAGCGUCCACCCCUUCCGACUCCUUGCUUUACGAUGACGGACUCUCAGAAGAGGAGACGCCCCUCGUGGAUUGUAAUAAUGCUCCCCUCCCUCGAACCCUCCCUUCCACAUGGAUUGAAAACAAACUCUAUGGCAUGUCAUACCCGAACUGGCCUGAGGAGAGCCCCGUUCCACUCACGAGAUGCGAUGGCCCUAUGUCUGUGUUUUCAAGAUAUGCAAAUGAUAGUGUAUAUGCUAACUGGAUGGUUUCACCCUCAGCGGCAAAAUUUAUGGACAAGUUUGAUAGUUAACAGUGUCUUGGUGAAAGGUAAUGGACUCAGGAGGGGGAGCAGGUGUCCAAAGAGGGGGCCCCUCCCCUUGGCACAUUCUUUGUAUAAUAACCGGUUACGGCAACAGGAGUUUCUAGACUGGGAAACCUUUCCCCUGCCUUUUGGUAGUUCCUACUGUGACUUCCCCCAGCCCUCUCUGUCGUGAUGAAUACUCUAAUUGACUCUCCCCCCCCUUGUUACAAGCAUAUCAAACUGGGUCAUGUUCCAGUUCCAGUAUGUGUUUUGGUUCGUGGCAGUCUCCAGGUAGUCGGGUUUGGUAUCUGUGUUAUCACUUGUCGCCGAUGGACUUCAUGCUUACGGCGUUUUAGGACAGCAGCCCAGGACUGGAACCGUCAGAGAGGGGGUGUGGGAAGAAACCCUGGUGUCACUUUACAAACUGCUACUUCUGUGCCCAGUGUGAAGGGGAAAAGGCAAACUGAGCGAAGCGUGAAGC